GCUUCACCACUCCCUCUCUCAAUCUCAAAAUCGUAACCACCCCAGCAACGCUGAGAAGCGCGCGCGACACCACAGCUCGACGGCACCCACCAAGGCGACUGCGACUGAUUAUAAUAGAAACUGGACACGGCAUACGGACGAUAUCCCCAGUCUAUUCCAUCCCCAGCAUCAGACUCCUCACCCGUACCAUCAGCACCAACGUCGUCAGCAGACAAGGAUGGACCCCACGAUAGCAAGGCUUUUCACGUCGAAUGAGCAGUGGAAGGAGGCGGUGGGACAGGCUGAGCCCAGUUUCUUCGCGGAGACAGCGAAGGGCCAGGCCCCAAAGGUCCUGUGGAUUGGCUGCGCUGACUCUCGCGUCCCCGAGAGCGUCAUCACGGCGUCAAAACCGGGUGAUAUUUUCGUCCACCGCAAUAUCGCGAACCAAUUUCACGCCGACGACGAUAGCGCGCUCGCAGUCCUGUCUUACGCCGUCGAAAACGUUGGGGUAGAGCACGUCGUUAUCGUAGGACACACAGCAUGCGGUGGCGCUCAUGCGUGUAUGGCUGCGUCCGCUGCCCCGCCUUCCGAGCCACCAGCGACCCCUCUCGCGCGCUGGCUUGCACCGCUCACUAAGCUCGCUGCGUCGCUCAAGCUCGCGUCGAUGCCUUCGAAGGAAGAGGCGAUGAAGAUUUUGGUGGAGGAGAAUGUGAAAGUUCAGGUCGCGAAUGUGUGUCAGGCGACACCUGUGAUGGGGGCGUGGACUCACGGGAAGAAGGUUUGGGUGCAUGGGUGGGUGUAUGAGCUCGAGCACGGACGGUUGAGGGAUUUGGGCAUCAGUAAGGGGCCUCAAUGAUCUUCGCCUCGGAAUGAUCCGUCGGGUCUUGAGAACGAACGACAGCUUGGGGAUAUUAUGGUGGGCGAUGUGACGAGCGGUUAUGAAGAAGAGAAUGAAUGCUUGGAUGAUGCGUAUCUCAGUUUUUUUCUUUCUUGUUUUAUUUGUUUUGCUUUGCUUCAUGAUAUCCGUU